UAGUCAUAUUUAAAAAAAAAAAAAAAAAGAAAAAAACAAACAAUUUUCUUUAUAGAUUCAAUGUUUGCAAAUAAGGCGUAAUUUAAAGACAGAAAAAGAAAAAAUCAUUCAGAUUUUACCUGAUCGGGACAAUUGGCAAAAUUAUGAACAAAUUAAAAGAAGAUUUAAACUUACAAGAAUAUAGUAAGGAGGAGAAGACAGAUGAGCAAAGCACAAACGGUCUAAUAAAUCAAUUUGGCUGUGAUUCCAUUGAGGAGGAACCCAAAAAUAAAAUACCCCGACUUACCGGCAAUGACGAUGAAGCCGCACAUAUCAUAAAUUUAAAUUUUAAUACAAAUUACAAUCGUGUAGAAUUUACACAAUUGUUAAGUAAACAAUGGCUGGCCUUAGCAAUGAACGAAUUCAAAGAUACUGCAAGUGGUGUUGAAUUUUAUGGCCAACCGUAUCAAAUUUGUUUACUUCCUGAUUUGCUCGAAAAUAAGCACGGUUGCAAAGAGCUGGUCAGAGAAAUGGUCGAAAAAGUGAAAUGGUCUCGCAAGCAAAUGGAUCUGUAUGAAUUUUAUCAAAGCACCGAUCUCUCCAAUAUGAUAAAUUGUCAAUUUUUAGCGGGAUUUUUGCAUAUGUUACGACGUACGGUGAGACCAUGGUUGGAAAAAAUAACCAAUUUAAAAUUAGAUUAUGUCUCGGCGUCCUGUUCAAUGUAUACAUGCGGAGAUUACCUGCUAGUCCAUGACGAUCUUUUAAAAGAUCGUCAAAUUGCCUUCAUCUAUUACCUAACACCGUGGUUCAAUCAUGAAGAGUGGUCGGAAGAAGAAGGUGGUUGCUUGGAAAUAUUCAACAGCGAUGAACGUUGCUUUCCGCAAUUUCCUGUCAGCCGGCGAAUAUCACCCAAAAAUAAUCAAUUUGCCUUCUUUAAGGUCGGCUCAAAGUCUUUCCAUCAAGUAGGCGAAGUAACUACUUUCGAUUAUCCACGUUUGACGAUAAACGGAUGGUUUCAUGGAGCAUCAAAUAAGGAUCUUAUAGCCGAUGCUUUAAGACCUUUUACUAAAUUAGAAUUUAAACCUCCGCUAACAUCGCAAUCUACUUUGGAAUUACUGCUGAAUGAAGUCUACCUCAAACCGACCACUAAACGUAGCAUUCAGAAACGUAUCGAAGAUAAUUCGGAAAUAUGCUUAUAUGAGUUUUUUCGCCGUGAAGUGUUCGAAGAGGCUUUAAAGCAAUUGCUUAAUGAUAAAAAAUUGAAAUGGUCCCGCCAGGGACCAGCGAAUGCCCAAAAUUAUGAAGUUUUAAAUUUGAAGACCACAUCCGCCAUUAUUGACAACCUGAUAAAACUAUUCUUAAGUACCGAGAUGUUUGAUCUAUUGAGAGACUAUACUGAUCUUGAUUUGGCCGGACCAAAUGCGGGAAAACCGGGGGUUUGUGUUGAAGUACAACGUUGGUCACACGGUGAUUACACCGUGCUAGGGGAUGGCGCUAUAUGCGAUGAGAAUACCUUGGAUUUAAUCUAUUAUCUGAAUGCUGCCGAAGGUGCUGCCAUUAUUACGUAUCUCUCACCUGACGGUGAUGGGCCACACACGUCGCACAAAAAAUCCACUAAUCAUAGUGACAUAGAUUCAUUGGAAGGCGAGGGCUUUGAAGACGAAGAUGACGACGAAUCAAUCUUGUUGACUAUUACGCCUGUGGACAAUGCACUCAAUAUUGUUUAUCGUUGUGAAGGUACAACAAAAUUUACAAAAUAUGUAUCACGGAAUACGCCGCUAGAACAUGGGCCCGUAUACGUAAUAGCAUGCAGCUAUAAGGAAUGAAUGAAUGAAUGAAUUCUUAUAUAAUAUAUGAAAUGAAUUAUUAUUUAU